CCUUGGGAAGCCCACUGCUGGUGUGUGGAUGUGGCAGGCUGAUACUAGUUGAAUCUGGGGCGCACAGCUGGACAAUUAACGGGCUGGACAGAUGUAGUGGCUAAUUUGGCAUUUUUAAAACGGUCGCACCUUGAUUUUCAUUGUUUUGGGGGGAAGAGUUUGGCGCUUUUUUUUUUCUUCUUCAGAUCACAGAAACACCUCCAGUUACAGUCCAGAUUUAACUGGUCUACGUCGGGUUGGACAACAAACCGUAUCCAUUCAGGGGGCAUGUUUACCCUGCGACCACGCACACAGAGCGGCGUUUUCUAGUGUAGCACAUACCAGGCUGACAAGGAUACAGGGGUUAAAAUAUGUGGGAUAAAUAACAUAAUUGAUUGUAAGGAGUUGUUGUGAAUUGCAGGUUAAUGUGUAGCCACGCAGGCCGCCGUUGAUUGGCUGAGAGUGAGGGCAGAAGCAGCUGUGCGUUUAUGGAUCAAAGGCCGUGUUGGUACAAACUUCACUCCUUUCACAGCGCAUUUAUUACUGAUUUGACAUCAUAUUAUUCACCCUAACUCGGGGGUUUGAGGCCAGGAAGUGCCCUUUAACCUAUUUCCAGUAGCAAUUUAGUGUCUUAUUGGGCCACUGAAGGCUUUUUGACAUCUCGUGAGAACCCCCGUUGAAUUUAAUUCAAUUUAAAGCGACAGCAUGCUUUCUGUACUGCACAGAUUUCUUAUUUAGUGCCGAUCCAGCAGCCAUGUUUCAGUUCGAGUUCAUUGCUGCUGCAUGCCUUCUCACAGUAGUUCAUCUGAGGCAAAGAACAAAUCCAGAUCAAGCUGGGUUGGAACAGCAUGCUGCAUGCACAUCCACAAAAAACAUCCACUGGUGUUUUUCCAUUGCAAGCCAGUUCUGUCUGCUUUCAGACUAAUUAAUAUAAUAAAGUUUUAAGUAAGUACCCAGUUAUGGCAAAUAAAGCCACAGACUUUACUCAGUUUGUAACCUUUUGGUUAAAAAUGCCACUUUCCCAGCUGUCCUAUACAUGCAGGGUGCUUUUCAGUCUGGGAGUUGGUGUGUGUGUGCCCAGUUGCAAUUUGGUGUUUCGCAGUCCUCCUGUUAGGUCAGCCCUCACUUAGCCACAUUAUGCUGAAUUAGCAGCGUGGCAAAAGAAGCAUUGUGCUCCGUCAGUCCUCCCUGGCUGACUUUUGUCUGCAAGACAAAUGAAGCCCGAAGGGGAGCUAACUCCUCUGCUGAGUGCUGGAGCAGGGCCCUGGAUUCCUGGAAUAGUUUCAGCCAGUUUCCUGAAAACGUUGUAAAUGUGAAAAGGAGCUUUACUUCAGUGUUAUUAUUUCAUAAUUACUUCACAAGAAGGUUCCUGGAAAUGCUUUAACCUGUUCGUCCUGCCUUUCCAUAUGAGGCAUUAACUCAGACUUUAGACUGCUCUGAACGCUAGUAAAUUUUUUUUGUGUAUGAUGUCAUCCCCAUGCACCUGCUGUUCAGACCUUCUGUUUGCCAGGGGAAGCCAAUCAGAAGUUGGGUUAAAGGGAGUGAAUACAUUUAGAAGGUGGUAUUAAGUGGGUUGUGUACCAAUCAGAAUCUUGGUGAAUCAAUUUCCAGCUUCUCCGGUCCACAUGUUGACACAUCCUUGGAAAAGAUAAAAAUGGCAGCCGAGCUAUCCACUUCCAUAAACAUCAAGGAGCCCCGCUGGGACCAGAGCACAUUUGUGGGUCGGGCUAAACAUUUCUUCACCGUCACAGAUCCCAGGAACAUCCUCCUGACAAACGAACAACUAGCACACGCACACAAAAUCAUCACUGAUUACAGGGAAGGUAUAGUCUCUCCAGGGCUGACGGAGGAUGAACUGUGGAGAGCCAAGUAUGUUUUUGACUCAGCUUUCCAUCCCGACACUGGAGAGAAGAUGAUCCUGAUAGGCCGCAUGUCGGCACAGGUUCCAAUGAACAUGACGAUCACUGGAUGCAUGAUGACAUUUUACAAGACAACUCCUGCUGUGCUGUUCUGGCAGUGGAUCAAUCAGUCUUUCAACGCAAUAGUGAAUUACACCAACAGGAGUGGUGACGCUCCCAUAACAGUCGGUCAGCUUGGCACAGCUUAUGUGUCUGCCACCACGGGGGCAGUUGCCACCGCUCUAGGACUAAAUGCACUAACAAAGCACGUUUCACCUCUGAUCGGACGGUUUGUUCCAUUUGCUGCUGUAGCUGCUGCUAACUGUAUCAACAUCCCGCUGAUGCGACAAAGAGAACUUCAGCAUGGUAUACCUAUAACGGAUGAAAAUGACAACAGGUUAGGAGAGUCAUCAAAGGCUGCGCAGCAGGCGAUCUCUCAGGUUGUGGUUUCCAGGAUUCUCAUGGCUUCUCCAGGAAUGGCUAUUCCCCCAUUUUUAAUGAACCAUUUGGAAAAGAAGGCCUUUCUGAGGAGGUUCCCAUGGAUGAGUGCACCUAUUCAAGUCGGCCUGGUGGGAUUCUGCCUUGUGUUUGCCACACCACUCUGCUGUGCUUUAUUCCCUCAGAAAAGCUCUAUGUCAGUCAGCCGCUUGGAGCCAGAGCUGCAGGAGAAAAUCCGUGCCAGCCACCCAGGAGUGGAGAGGGUUUACUUCAACAAAGGGCUAUGA